AUGUUGGGCGUCGGAGCCUGCAUCCAGCUCAAAGAAUUAUGGGCUCAUCUGAGACGGCCAUACGGCAUCCUCAUCGGGGCGGCGGCACAGUUCAUCCUGCUGCCUCUGACGGCGUUCGGUCUGGCUCAUGCUCUGCAGCUGCCUCCACGGCAGGCGAUAGGGAUGCUGAUCAUGAGCUGUUGCCCGGGUGGAUCCACCUCUAACAUGUUCACGUUGUGGGUGGAUGGAGACGUGCCCCUCAGCCUUGCAAUGACCACAGUGAACACGGUAUUGUCGACCGGAUUUCUGCCCCUCAAUCUUCUUAUCUAUAGUCGCUCUUGGUCAGACAAGACAGCGGUUAUACCUUAUGUCAGUCUAGCACAGGGAAUAGCCCUGAUGCUUAUACCGACAGUCAUAGGUAUCGCAGUGCGUCACUGGAGGCCGAAGGUUGCCCUGUACAUGAUAAAGAGUCAGUAA